AUGGACGACACAUCGCCGUCGGCGUCUCAGCCAUUCCCAGCAACCCCUCCACCCCUCGCAGCCUCUGCCUCGCCAGCCCUCUCUGUUUCGCUUCAGAAAGGUAGGGAUCCAAUCCGGGGACGCUCAAAAACGGCGCGCGCGGGGUCCAAGUCAACGCCACUUCGUUCAGCUGUUUUGAAAAACACCCAAAAGCGAAACAAGAUUUCAGCAUUGCUGCCCUCCUCGUCCUCGACCACACGCCGAACGCGCACCACGGCACACCGCGAAGCCCAGACAUCAAUGCCCGAGCUCGCGCAAAGUCCGUCUUCCCAUACCACCGUCUCUUCGAGCAGUAUCGUGGGGCCUUCGACCCAGCUCUCUCUCAGCACGAAUCUGCCCAAAUCUACCAAAAACAACAAGCAGAAGCCGGGAAAGCCAACAAAGCCCACAAAACCCACAAAGCCUACCAAGACUACCAAGCCUGCAAAGGAAACCACGCCGUCGCCUGCUACCGACAACGUCGAGGGUACAGAAAGCCAAGACGGCGAGUGGUAUGCCAUCAAGGACAUUGUUGAUGAGAAGCUUGAACGCGGCGUCCGUUAUUAUUUGAUUGACUGGUGCAACGACGCUGUCACCGGCAAGUCGUACGAGAAGUCUUGGAUUCCUGCACGCGACGCCAACAGCGAGGCUGUCCGCGACUGGAAACAGGUCAAAAAGGCACGCAACAUCCAAACUGCCGGCCAGUCUACGCUCAAGACCAAACCCAAGCCUAAGCCUAAGCCCAAGUCCAAGUCCAAGUCCAAGUCUACGGCAACGCAUGCACCCAAGGCUAGCAAGCCCAAGUCUUCGCCUGCAAAGUCUGUCCCGGCCGAAAUCUCCUCUCAGAGCUCGUACGCCAACACAAGCAGCGUUCUCACGUCCCAGGAGUCUCAGGCUCUCACGCCACCGUCUGGUAACGGUGUCAGCGAGGUUCCCGAAAAGAGCACCGGCAGGAGGCUGCAGCGCAAGCGUCCUGUCUCUCCUUCUGAGAAUAAAAACGCGGGCGAGGACGCCGCCCCACCGCCGCGCAAGAGACGCCUUGUACGGGGCAUUCGACCGGACACAAGCCGUGCUGUCGAGCCCAACUUGAACGGCAACGAUCAGAACCAGGGCCAGAGUGUGCUUUCUUCACCUCCUGCCACUCGCGAACAGAGCGUUGAUCACAACGAGGAGCCUCGCAACCUGGACGGCCUUGACCCAGAUACCGUCCUCCGCACUGCAGCUACUGUCCACUUGGUCGAUAUUACCACGCGUCCAGACUUUGACCCCAAGGAGUACGUCCGCCUGUCACAGCAAUCCCACCUUUCCCAGAUCUCCCGUCUCGCCCUGCAGAGGAACGGGUGGUUGCAGCCGCAGUCUGCCGUUGCUUUCCAGUUCUCGUCAGACGACCUCCCCAGUUUGUCACCCGCCAGUGAGCAGCUCUCCUCUUCGGUCUACCAUUCCUCGCAGAAGUCCAACUCGCCGGACGAGGCUGAUUUUGAAGAAGAUUGCCUGCAGCUACCCUCUGGACACACGAUCCCUGACUCCCAGGCUGAAGAAAGCGGCACCCUUCGCACCGUCAUUGGUUCAGACGACGAGCUGCCACUAUUCGUCGACCAGUUCGAGGACAGCAGCCCCAUCCCCGACGAGGUUCUAACACCGAAAGUGUACCAGGCUUCGCAGGAGUCACUCCAACAGGCUGCAACUUCACAAUCUCCAUCUUUUACCCCCUCAGUCCUCUCACAGCAGCCGGCCCCAAAUACCGACAGCACUGCCAGUGGUGAAGCACAGGUUGUUCCGCCUCCUCUCCCUACCCCGUCCCAGGACAACCAGCUGUUUCGGUCAUCUGCCGACUUGGCAUCUGAAGAAGAGCCCUCUGCACCUGUUGAAGCCAGUGCUGAUAAGUCCACUGCCAGUGGCACUGGAAGCGCGUCUCUUAAUUUCCUGACGCAGCCCGAGCCCGAUUUUUGCCUUCUUACCCAGGAAAGCCAACAGCCGGGCCGACCGACCGGACAGCAAAUUCCAAGCGGCACAACAACCCCCCUUUCCUCCUCCGCAGCCGGCAGCAACAACUUUUCUACUGUGUCUGUCAUUCACGACUCGACACGGCCGAUCCGCGUUGCUGGUACGGUCCUAAGCGCUGCCCGCAACACUUCGCAGACAACUGGCAGCUCCUCAUUGUCUAUCCCACUUCUCUCGUCGGCGCAGAUUGUGCCGCCUCCCUACAACAACCAAGGCCACGAUCUUGUGUUUGAUAACCCGGCCGAUCUCUCCAACUCCCGCCCCAACAAUCCCUCCCAGCAAAUCUACAGAGCCCCAGAAGCGAUCAUGGACGAAUCGCCCCGGCAGCCCAUGUCGGCUGUCGACAAACUCCGGCGGGCAUUGCAGUCUCAGUUUGAUUCAACGGCCAACGACGAUGCUAUGGUCGACAGUAGUUUGACCGACGAGGAUGACCCGCUUGUCCUUGCUGAGAUCCGUCGUCUCGAAGAGGAAAUGGCGGCCGCCUCCUCCCAGCAGCAGGAGCGGCAGCCGCAUCAGCAGGCCUCCCAAGAAGAGAGCAUCGCCAGCAGCUCAAGUAAUGUCUUGCCUGCUUCAGCUCCAUUAGCGACUGUAUCGACAGGUACGGUGCUGGAUCAACCACACAAGGAUCCUCUUCUGGCAACCAGAGCAGACGCUGCGCUUGACGCCCCUGGCACCAUUGAUACUUCGCCGCCGCUUCUAAUCUCUCCCACCGCCAUUAGCAACGCACCUGAUAUCCACUCCGUUACGAUUGCACCCGGUGACCUCUCCUUUAUUGAUGCUGACCCUAUGGCGGCUUCUGGCCUCGAGCUGUCGCCUGAGCCCGAACCUAAGUACCCUUUGGUAGGUAUCGAAGGCAGCGGCAAUACGGGCAAUACUGAUGUUGACGAUUUCGACGGGAACGAAGAGGCUGUAAAUGCCAGCGAUGGUGAUGACGCUGGAGAAGACGAUGAGGCCAAGAAGAAUGAGGCCGAAGAACCGUCCAGUCCUCUGUCCAUGGAGGGCAAUGAAGAUGAUCUCCCAUCCUUGUCAGGCCCCAACUUCACCACCUCUAGCUACGUUGUGACACUCCCUUUUGCUGCCAACACGCGCCAGUACUACGCCGAUCUCGUUAUCGAGAAAGAGAACCAGAAGGCCAUCAAGGACUUUAGUGAAGUCUUUUCCCGCGAUGUGUACGAGGUUCCAAGUGCCGAGGCAGUUGCCCGCGUUGAUGAACUGCUGCGCAAGCUGAUGGACUUUUCUGAUCUACCGACAUUCUACGACAGCCUCCCACCUAUGUCCAAAGAGGCCAUGAUGAAACACGCCGUCGACACGAACAGCAAGUACUCCUUUGUCUACGAGUUUCUCGAAGCCAUCUCGACGCUCGAAAAGGACGUACUAAUCCUCGUGCGCAAGGGUGUCGCCAUGGACUACGUCGAGGCCAUCGUCAGCACUGCCGGCAUCUCAGUGGAACGCUUCCAAGCUGGCAGCCACACUCAUCCCCGCCCCCUCAGCCCAGGCAAGGCCUCGACUGAAUCAGGCGACUCUGUACAGCAGGAGAGACGACGCCGUCGAAGUGGUUCGCUCAGUGUCUUGCUAGCCGACACGGCCGAGAUGCGCGAGGCCAUAGGCGCGACCAGAACCAACGACGACGAUUUCCUCCGGCCUAGUGACUUUGACAUUGUCAUUGGCUUCGAUCACACGGCACGGACAUCUGGCCUUCUUGGCUACUUCCUGGACGGCUCAACGGCGACGACAGAAAAUGAUGUUGCGCAGAACUAUGACAAAGGCGCCCGCCGCCAGCUGCCAAAACCUAUUGUCAUGCUUCUAGUCAGCGCCUUGUCGCUGGAGCACGUCGACCUCCGUCUCGAACGUAACUCGGUUGAUGACAUGGAGCGCAAAAACGCCCUUCUCCUGUGCACGAUUGAGUGCCUGUCCCAUCUCAGAGAUAACCCAUACGACAUCAACCCGCCAAAACCCCACGAGGCAGCCACAGCAUUCGCCAAGAUGAUCGCGGAACCCUCUGAUGUUCUAGCCUGGGGCCCGACACCGCUCCCCGAGGAGGUGUUUGAUAUUUAUAUGCAUUCCUCGGGUGCCGCAUCACAGCCCACAUUUACGCAAGAAGAGACCAUUGACGGUGGCCUCUUCACAUCACGGAAACGGCAAUUGGACGAUGACGAUCAGGUCAGCGACAUACCGAAGCGAGUGCGUCUGACUGAUACCACGAAUCCCAUUGUUCGCGAAGUACCGGUACAGUUCAACGAUAUCAUCAAAUAUGCCCUGGGCCGCCUUGAUGUGACGGCCGCCGACAGUGGUUCAACCGUUCAGAUAUCGCUAGCUCAGCUCGAAGCACUGGCUGCGAAGGUCACGCUCUUGGAGUCUCAAUUGGAAGAUAAAGAGGGCCUUGAGGCGACGUUGACGGAGCGUGUACGCACGCUGGACCGUCUGGUCAAGAGCAACACCUCCACUAUCAUCAAUUGUCAGAAGAAGCUGAUUGAAUCCGUCAAGGAUCGCGGUAUCUUUGAGGCUGAGCGAGAUAAGGCCAUUAAGGAAGCCGACGCAGUCAAGGAAAAGCUGGAAGCUCGCACGGCGUCACUGGCCGAGCUGCGCACCGAGACGACGGCGCUCGAGAACCGCCUUUCUGAGGCAAACGCCCUUCUUGCUGGCUCCAGCCAGGUCGAUGUGGCUGAGCUAGGCGCUGCCCGCGUUGCGCUCAAGGAAGCCCAAGACAAGGUCACGAUGCUCGAGCGCAAGUCGUCCAAUGCCGACAACGAUCUAUCCCACGCACGCCGUGCUUAUCAGGACGCUUCCAACGCAGCCGCCGACUUGAGUGCCGAGAACCGCAACCUCAACGCCCGGAUAAAGGAACUCGAACACCGUGCCAGCGACAACCUAGUCAAAAUCCAUGAGGCACAGAACCGCAACGAAUCUGAAGCGGCCCGUCAGCAGUGGGCCGAAGCCGUCACCAUGCUCGGUGAGCGCGAGCGCGAGCUCGAGUGGGCCCGCGAGGAACUACGCGUUCUGAAGAACAGCCGCCGUGAGACGCGCCAACAGAGCGUUCCCCGUAGCCCUCGGCUGAGCGUUAUAAGCCCACGUACCGUGGGCCGCGGCAGCAGUGUCGGUGUUGGUGCCAACGGUGGCGGCAGCAGCAGCGCCAGUGCCACGCCCAUCCCGAACAUUGCUGGUGCGCCGGCAGUUGGUGCAGGGUUUGUCAUGUCGGCGAGGGCUUCAGUCAGUCGCGGCAACAGCCCAGUGUCGGCCAACUUCGAUCCGUCCGUUUAUGGCGGCAUGUUGUCGGGUGGCAACGGGGGAAGCGGCGGCAACGGCGGCACAGGUGGCGGUCCUCCGUUGCCUGGCAUGACAUACCUCAACUCCAACCAAGGUGGUGGCCGUUGGGGCCAUCUGCGAGACUGA